AUACUUGUUUAUCAGUUAUAGAGGCCGUGUGUCAGCGCGUAAGUUAAGUAUAAAACGAGUACAGGCUGCUGAAUCGCGUCUACUCGCUUCCCGCAAGGUCAAGUGCGAGCGUCCAAGUCAUUGCUCCUCCUGUGCGCGCAUACCUACUUGCGCAGCGCACCCAGUGCUAUUACAAUCGGUGAUCGGUGUUCUUUACUCGCGUUGGAAGAUGCUUCGGAGACAACUUGUUUUGGCGUGCCUGUUCUGCUGGGCCGCGCACACAACGGCCAGCAGCGACGACCGGUUCAUCAAGAAAUACGCAAUGAUGAAGAUUUAUGAAAGUUGUUUUGGUCCUGAAGUAGUAAAACAAAUUCGACAAGAAAUGAAGGACGCAUAUGCAAAAUGUUCUGCACCGCCAUCUUUCGACGCGCAACCGAACUUGCAUCUCCCGCCGUCGGUGCUCUUGGGGAAACUGCCGCCCGGCUUUGCCAUGGACCCGAGCUCGCAAACCAUCACUAAGCCCACAGAUGGCGCUAUACACAACCAAGAAAAUGAUUUGCCAAAUCAAGACUCGCAUUCUCUUAAAGGGUCGCCUCUAGGAGGGGUCCUUGCAUUUAGACCACAUGGGUCGCAGUUUCCUCAGCAGCAGCCGGCGGUGCCCCCGUACAUGAUGCCCGGCAGUCCUCAGUUCAGACCGUUUAGCCCUGCGACACCUUUCUACCAAUUCCCUUACGGCGCGCCCGGUCUGUUCUACCCCCCGGGAAUGCCCUCGUAUAAUCCCUACGCAUACCAACAACAAUAUCCGCAAGGCUUUUAUCAGCAACCGGGUUACUUUGGAUCUAAUAGAAUGUCGCGAGAGUUGGAUAUACGCGACAGACUGGAUUUAAUCUCGCGCACCGGCGGAGCAGGCGCGGGGUCGAGCGGCGGUCGCGUGCGCAACAUCACCUGCGUCAUGCAGGAGCUGGGCUACAUCGACCACAACCUCGAGCCCAACUACGAGCAGAUCACGCAGCGCAUCGCCAACCUGCCCGUCUCUAGCGAGCUUAAGGGCGACAUUCAAGACGGCCUGCAGUUCUGCCAGAAGUUCUCGCAAUGCGUCCCAGACACUAAGCGAGACGUGGCGCCACUGUCCCAGGAGCUGAUCAAGCCCAUGUUCUUCUUCCGCUGCUACAAGCACAAGAAGUUGGAGGCGUGCAUCAUGAAGGAUAUUCGGGAACGUUUCACCAGCGAGGACGAGUUAGACACCGACACUGAUUUUAGGUCGCUGUCGCGCUCUGCACGCGCGGCGCGGGCUCGCGACGAGCCGCUGCCCGACCCACGCUUCGACGCCCUCGACGAGAUGGCAGUCUACCUCUACGACUAUCUCAGCGGAGGCAACGGAUUCGACUUUGAUCUCUACAUGUAAUACUGACAUACUGCUGCUGAUUCUCCAGUCUCGUGAUAACACUCUUUUAACCCUUGAUUCGACAUAAGGUAGUGAGUUCAAACCUCAUUCAUUACCUCUUAUUGUUGUAAUGUUUUUGGUUAGAAAAACAAGCAAUAUUAAGGUCAAAUUAGUAGAAAGAAAUAAGAAGAGAAAAUAAAUUUGUACGGUGUCGAAUUAAGGGUAAAAAAGUAAACGUGACGUGUGAUAUCGGUAUUGCUAACAAUAAAUGGGAUGAAUGAGAUAGGACGAACGUGCAUAAGGCAUUUUGUAUCCCUGGUUCGUAAACAUAUUCACGUGUCUCUUCUGCACUAUAUCUAAACGUAUAUAUGUAUCAUUUUUUUACUAUUACCUAUUACAUACGCUAAGCAACUAUCAUCGUUAUGGUUUUCAUCUAAUUAUCGGGGAGAUAUUUUUAUAUAUAAAAUUAUUUUAGAAGUCUUGACGCCUGUCCAUAGGUACUAAAAAUUCCCUAAAAUUAUGAUUGUAGGUCAAAAAUUGUGCUGUACCUAACUUAAAAACUUUAACUUAGAAAGAUUCAAGUUAUACGUGUACAUUUAUUUUGUAUUUGGUUUUAAGAUAAGUUAUAAUUACGAGUAUAAUAAUAAGUAAAUUAAUAAAAAUGUUUGAUGCUGGUUGUACUAGUUUACAGCGUUCCUUCAAGCUAGCUCUGUACCGACUUCCACCGUACAAAGUGUGGAAGUAUCAGUUGAUAAUAACGAAAUAUGUUCAUAGAAAUUUCACGUUUAUUGUGACAUUUCCACACACUUAAUCACUAAUAAUUUUGUGCUGAGUUAGCUUGAUUUAUAGCAAACGAGGUGGAAAAUCUAAUAAAAAUCGAUACCACGAUUAAUCCACUAUCAAUAACUCUUUGGAUUAUAGUAAACGUGCAGCAAACUAUUAAGUACCUAGUUCUCGUACACAGAGCUUCAGCUAAUUUAGCUUUGUGGAUGACAGUUUAGUCGUAGGUAUUUAGUUUAUUCGUUCUUAUAGGCCUUUUGAGAUUAUCGAGACAUUUAACUGCAUUUAUAGCCCUAAUUUAUUAAUUAAGCAAUAAAAUAAGAUGUGCCUUUAGAUUAAUUAAAAUAUUUUACGUUGUAGCCAAUAAAGUGCUAUUUAAUGUA